GUCGAGACUGAGGCGAUGCAUCUCAGCAGCUCCAAGAGCGGAGUAGUCCUGGCUCCGGUGUCCCGAGGUUCCGACGCCUGUCAGAUGGUGGCCAGAGCCCAGCUCGGCCAGGACCCCCCACGGAGAACAGUGCUAGGGGCGCUGACCGAGAAUGGGCAGUACAGGGGCGGCCAGGGGAUCCCAACGGUGAGGUACUUCUCGGGACCGGAAAAUGCCUUCCCUGCCGUGGGGACGAAAGCGCCGCCCGCCUGCGGGGCCCACGUGCCGGCCAAGCCGGGGUUCGACGUCCACAUGGCCGAGCCCGAGCAGGAGGACGGACCCCGCUGCGCCGGGAGCAACGGGGGGGCCUUCGGGGACGUGUACGAAGUGGACACCAGCACACUCAAGUCAGACCUGCACUUCCUGCUGGACUUCGGCACAGUGUCCCCCAUGCUGGUAGACGCAUCUCUCCAGUCCCAGUCGGAAGGGGCGUCCGACCUGGGGACGGACGUGACCGAUGUGACGGAAUACGCUGAAGAAAUUCAUCAGUACCUCAGGGAAGCCGAAACGCGACACCGGCCCAAGGCGCACUACCUGCGCAAGCAGCCCGACCUCACGGACGGCAUGCGCCGCAUCCUGGUGGACUGGCUGGUGGAGGUGGCCGAGGAGUACAAGCUGCGAGCCGAGACCCUCUACCUGGCCGUCAACUUCCUGGACCGCUUCCUCUCGUGCAUGUCCGUCCUGAGAGGGAAACUGCAGCUCGUGGGCACAGCCGCCAUCCUCCUGGCCUCGAAAUACGAGGAGAUAUACCCACCCGAAGUGGACGAGUUUGUCUACAUAACGGAUGAUACGUACACCAAACGACAGCUGUUAAGAAUGGAACACCUGCUCCUGAAAGUCCUGGCCUUCGACCUGACCGUGCCAACCACCAACCAGUUCCUCCUGCAGUACCUGCGGAGGCAGGGAGUGUGCGUGAGGACCGAGAACCUGGCCAAGUACGUAGCAGAACUGAGUCUACUUGAAGCCGACCCGUUCUUGAAAUACCUUCCUUCCUUGAUAGCGGCAGCCGCGUAUUGCCUGGCAAACUAUACUGUGAACAGGCACUUCUGGCCAGAAACCCUCGCGGCUUUCACGGGCUACUCGCUAAGCGAGAUCGGGCCGUGCCUGAGCGAGCUGCACCGGACCUGCCUCGAUGUGCCCCGCUGGCCGCAGCAAGCCAUCCGGGAGAAGUACAAGGCCUCUAAGUACCUGCACGUGUCCCUCAUGGAACCGCCUGCGGUUCUUCCUCUGCAGUGA